GAUUCUUUAUUAUUUCAUUCCAUUGUUGCGGUUUGUGUUUUUAUUUCUAACAAUAAAAAACGGAUUUCGGAAAGAUUUAACAUGCCGCGUCGCAAUCCCACAAAGAAACUCGAUGUCAUUGGAAGCUUGGACCUUCGGCCUGAAACCGCUGUGGGCGAUUAUAUUGAGUCGAAGCAGCAAGAGGAAUUGUUCAUAAAACCACCCCAUCAGGACUCGGCUGGUGAUUCCAUCGAGCUCCUCUUCAUAGCCAAUGCCCGGGAACAUGAAACAAUGCUCAAGCUGCAGCAGGAAAUGCUGGCCAAUGCGAAGCGUCAGUCGGAAAUUAAUGCCGAUCGUGUACGCAAGAUGUAUAAGACACAGGACCGAUUGCGUAAGCGUUUCAUCGAGGUCAAUGGCUUCAUCAAGGACUGUGCGGACAAGAAACGCAUUGCCGAGAAGGCCAUUAGCGAGGAGACGUUGUUGCACGAGGAGCUCAUCAAGUCAAGCGAGAAAUAUAAGGAGUCUAUCGCCGAGCUGAAGGUAUUCCGUGGUGCCCUCAAGGCCACAGUCGAGGAGUUCAAGCCCUAUGAGAAGGUACUGGAUGAGGUUGUGAAAGUCUCCGACAUAUUUGUCUCACCCAAGGACUGUAUGGAUCGGUGUGAUGCGCUCAUGCUUGCUCAAGUGGAAAUCAACAACUUGGAGCAGCAAAAGACCCAGGAAAUCGAGGAGAUGCGUAAACAAAUGGUCAAAAUAACCAAUGAGGCAGCACUGACUGUGCUGGGUCUGAAGAACGAUUUGGCCAGAUUAGAACGUUCCUACAAUCAAUCGCGCAGUCUUUGCCUCAAGUGGGAGAAGAUCUUGGCGGGUGUGAAGGACUCCAUAUCCACAAAUUAUUUGGCCAAAGAGCGCACCUUAGACGCCGUUAAUGUUUUGUAUCGUUUGCUCUGUCGUAGACGCGAUAUGGAACCGACAUAUAUGCGCUCUGAUGUGGAAAACUGCAUGGACUUCAUUAAGGAGGAGGUCGAGCUUUUGAAAGCCAUUUUGAAACAGUUUGAGGAACGGAAGGCAACCAAGGUGCCUGAUAAAAUGCCUGGGACGACAGCAAUCGACGGCGCUGAGUGUUAACAAAAUUUGAAGUAUUUGAAAACAUGCUGUAGAUAAUACAUUAAUAUAACAACUCUUUCUUUUUUCUUAAGAAUA